AUGAUCAUAUUGAAGAAACUAGUCGUAUUAUUUAUAAUCAUAUAUGUAAUAGUAUUGGUUGAUUCAUCUAUAAUACGACGACAUCAUCAAAACAACAACAACUAUAAUAAUAACAAUAAUACUAAUACUAAUAAUAACAACAACGACGAAGAUAACUACAAUGAUGAUGAUGAUGAUAAUAAUAAUAAUAGACAACAUAUAAAUAUUAAUAAUGAUGAUAAUGAAAUAAUAGAUUUUACCAUUAGUUUUGAUAAAGAUAAACAACAACAACUUGUACAUAAUAAUAAUAAUAAUAAUAAUAAUAAUAAUAAUAAUAAUAGAUACGAUAAUAAUUAUAUAAAUAAUUUAGGAUCACCACAAAGUGGAGUUACAGUAGGAUCACCAUACUAUGUUUUAAAAGAUAGUGAUAUAAAAUGUUUUCAAAAUGGAUUGUAUAAUCUAUUGGUGUUUGGGUGUUGGUCCAAUGGAAUGUUGAUGAGUAGUUGUCAACAGAAUUUUAAAGAGGCUCAAAAGAAUAGUAUUGACGUACCCUAUAUAUACAUGUACCCCGAUGUAAACAUUGGCACCGGGUCGGCCCAAAUUUUAAAGUUGAUACAAUUUGCAGCGACCCGAGGUAACAUCUAUGUCUACUGGAUCGAUGUAUCAACCGCCGGUCUUUGGUCUACACCGGCCGACAAUCAACUCUACUAUCAAGACAUCUUUAAGGGAUGUCAACAAGCAGGUGCAACAUGUGGCACUCGUACAGACGAGUACUCUUACAGUGCCAUUUUCGGACCAAACUAUAGUUUCGGUUCCUCCUAUCCUCUUUGGUACGUUCACAAUGAUAACAAUCCUAGCUUUGCCAAUUUCUCUCCUUUUGCUGGUUGGACUCAACCUACUAUGAAAACAUAUUCUACAAAUGCAACAUUUUUAUGUAUAGUAGUAUUAUUAUUAUCUGGAAUAACAAAGGCAAAUAAAGGAUUUAUAAUUGGAUCACCAUAUUAUAUAUUAACACAUACAGAUACAGGGUGUAUAAAGUCGAGUGGAUAUACGGAUAUUGUGAUUACAUGUCUAGAGAAUGGCAAUCUAUUGGCUAGUUGCAAACAGAAUAUAAAGGCUGCCCAACUAGGUCUACUGGACAUUCCAUAUAUUGUGGUGUAUCCCGACGUUACAACUGGUGUGUCGUCGGGAUCUGCACAAAUACAAAAGGUGAUUCAAUACGCCGUCAAUCAAGGUUUAGAGAUUGUAGUGUGGAUCGAUGUCAGUUCAAACGGUGUAUGGUCGACACCAGCCGACAACCAACAAUUCUAUCAAUCCAUGUUUCACGGUUGCACCAAUACCGGUGCCACAUGUGGUACUCGUACCGACGUUUAUUCAUAUAGCAUGAUCAUGGGUCCCGACUAUACAUAUGGUUCAUCAUACCCAUUAUGGUAUGUUGACGACGACAAUGAACCAAGUUUUGCCGAUUUCUCUCCUUUUUCAGGUUGGACAACUCCUUAUUUAAAGACCUUUUCAGCCAAUAGUACAAUUGAAUCAGGAUAUGAAGGAGAAUAUUGUUUAUAUAGAAAUCAAUAUUGUAAAUUUUUACAUAGAAAGAAUGAUAAGGAAUUGUUAGGAUUGGUUUUGAAAGUAUUCCAAACUGACAGUCUAUCAGCAUUAAGAAUCUAUUGGUUGAUAUUCUAA